UGAAUGAUGGCGUGGGGAGUAUCGGGAUUGUGGAGGAGCGCCGGCGCAGAGACUGACGGGAUAUCAGCUGAGUGUCCGAUAAUUCGGCUCCUUUCUCCGAGUGAGUUUAUUGUGUGGCCUCAGCGAAACGAGUUACAUAGAGCUGAAGGGACUGACUUAACUGUUGGGUUGCUAAGGCCAACUGAGUAACCUGACUUCCAUCACUUGACUCAGUAACGACUGGGAAUCAGAUCUAGAAGCUGCCUGAAGUCUGUUAACUACUGCAGAAUAUUUGUCAACCAACUGGGAAAUUUUGCUUCAGUCUUUGCAGUGAACAACAAAGUAUCAGAGGUUGUUGUGAUCUGUGAAAUUAACAGCCAAUAUGUCAACUGAAAAGGCAAAGGACGAUUCUAACAGCAUUCUCGAGAAAAAAGUACGUUUGUACGGUACAUCAAACAUGAGUGGAUUGUGUUCAGCUUUUCUGUUUCCAGAUGUUACUGGGUACGUGGGAUUUGCAAACCUCCCCAAUCAGGUCCAUCGAAAAUCAGUGAAGAAAGGAUUUGAAUUCACGCUGAUGGUAGUUGGGGAGUCUGGUCUUGGAAAGUCGACAUUAAUUAACAGCCUGUUCCUUACUGACCUCUACCCUGAGCGCUAUGUACCUGGGGCUGCAGAAAAGAUUGAAAGAACAGUCCAAAUUGAAGCUUCGACAGUGGAAAUUGAGGAGAGGGGUGUGAAACUUCGUCUGACAGUUGUGGACACACCAGGAUAUGGCGAUGCCAUUAACAGCCAAGAUUGCUUCAGACCAAUCAUUCAAUAUAUUGACAAUCAGUUUGAAAGAUACCUUCAUGAUGAGAGUGGCCUGAAUAGACGACAUAUUGUAGACAACAGAGUCCAUUGUUGUUUCUACUUCAUCUCUCCUUUUGGCCAUGGCCUGAAACCUCUAGAUGUAGAGUUUAUGAAGACCAUUCACAGCAAAGUAAAUAUUGUGCCAGUGAUUGCCAAGGCAGACACACUGACGCUGAGGGAGAGAGAGCGACUGAAGCGCAGAAUCCUCGAUGAGAUCACUGAACAUGGGAUCAGAAUCUACCAGCUUCCAGAUGCAGAUUCUGAUGAAGAUGAGGAAUUCAAGGAGCAGACCAUGAUUCUGAAGGCCAGUGUCCCCUUUGCUGUGAUUGGCUCCAACCAACUGAUUGAAGUGAAAGGUAAAAAGAUCCGAGGUCGCCUUUAUCCAUGGGGAGUGGUUGAAGUGGAAAACCCAGAACACAACGACUUUCUCAAACUACGCACAAUGUUGGUGACGCACAUGCAGGAUCUACAGGAGGUCACCCAGGAUUUGCACUACGAAAAUUUCCGCUCUGAACGGUUGAAGCGUGUUGGCAGGGACGUGGAGGAUGAAACAGUUGACAAGGACAAGAUUUUGCUGCAGAAGGAGGCUGAAUUGCGCCGAAUGCAGGAGAUGAUUGCUCAGAUGCAGGCACAAAUGCGAAUGAAGCCUGCAGAUAAUGGAGAUGGACACUGAGUGAUAAACCUGUUCUGAUUCUAUUUACAGGGAAGUGCCAUGGUUGCAAACACUCUUGAUGUCCCUCAGAUUCAAUGCUGACUGUAUGAGUUUAUGGCAAAACAGAAGAGGAAACAAUCUUCACAAUCCUUGCAUGGAAUUUCUGUAUCGCUCUUUUGUAAUCACAAAUAUAUUUUCUACCUUGCCUAUUUGUAUUGAUGUUAUUUGAUUACAAUGGGAAUCUUUCUAUGGUUUUUAUAUAGUUUGUAAACCUUCAUAUAUAAUUGCUCAGCAUGCUGAAGCUUUCACAGCCAUAUAAUCCCUUUCUUCCAACUGGCAGAUUUUGGUCUGUUUCACUGAGUCCCUGUCUACGUCACUCAAAUGAUCAUCACUGAGGUGAAACUAUAGCUUAUGGUGUAGCCCAGUGGAAUCCCUGAAAUAAAAUAAUCUUUCAGCACUGGGUUAAAUUCAGCAAAAACAGUCAGUAUACUACCCUGUCUUUAAUUUUCCAAUAAAGUAAAAAUACACCGCUGACAAAGCUCCAAAAUGCCAACUGAAUUAAUGACCAUGUUCAUUAUCCUUUCCAGCUGAUUGGCACAGUUGCUUUGUGUCACAAGUAAUAUUCCUGCUGACAAGUUCACUGCUAAGCGAAGAUAGUUAAUGGUGGUAAUUCCCUUCCCCAUCAUUAUUUUUUUAGACCUUGAUGAAGGGCCAAAGUAAACCAAUAGUUACCUAUUUACUUGCCAAACUAAAACUGAUGCAGCUUAAAUGCUUACUUAUGAUCUGUUGUCAACGUAGACUAUUGUCAGAUUAUUUUACAUCAGGUUAAUGCCUCCAAAUCUUCGGACCAGCAAUGCUGCUUUAGCAAAAUUCAGUGGGCUGCAAUUUGAAAGUCUGUAGUGAAACCUCAUAAUUUGGUAAAUUCCAAGAAUGAAAUUCAAACACGUCACAGAUUCCCUUAAAAUGCUGGUUUACUGAAACAUCAAGGUCUAGCUGUGCUGUGAGGUUAUUAGCAAUCCAUACAUGUAUUAAAUAUGCAUCUUCAGUCAUUCCCUUCCACAAUUUUGGUAUCUUAAGGCUUGUCUUUUUUUAGGUUUGUGAAAGGUGCUUGUUCCUUUUGGUUCAGUUGAUGGAAAUCUUGCACAGAAGUCAGGAGGUUGUGAGUUCAAGUCGCAACACUCCAAGACUUGAGCCUUUAAUCUAUUGCUGAUGCACUUAAUAAUAUUGAGGGAAGACUGCAUUAUUGAAGAUGCCACUGUUUGGAAUAGAUUUUGUUCUUUAGUGGCUCAGGUGAACAGGCAUAUUCCAUUGCAAGAACAAGAUAUUCUCCCAGUGUCCUGCCAAUGGUUUUCUGUCGAUUAACACUAGCAAUAACAUAUUACCUGUUUAUUUACCUCACUCAUGUUUGUAGCACCUUGUAUUGUGCAAAGUGGCUACUAUGAUUGUUUACCUAACAGGUACUGCACUUCAAAUUAAUUAGUUGUUUGGGAAGCACAUUGAGAGAUGUAAGUGUCCCAGGUAUUGCAUAAAUGUAAAUCUAUCUUUUUUUGAGCAUAUCCUAAGCCAAACUGCUUGCUUUAUUAAAAUUGGUGCGGAGUAUUCCAGAAUUUCUUUUAUCAGUUUUUGAGAAUAACAUGGUACACAGUUUUUCCUUCCACAAAAACCAAUACAAUUCACUUACUUUGGUGUUUAAAUCAAUAAAAUGAUACAAUUGGUAAAUUCUGCUUUAAAAGAAACAUUUAGAUGCACUCUGAAUCUGCAGCUCCAUUGAUUUUUUUUUGCACAAUAAGUCCUCUGAUAUGGAAGUGUAUAAGUGGACAUGCAUAAAAUGUUCUGGAUUUUUAAAGUACAAGAUAAUUAAUUUUUACACCUGUAUUUCCACCGCUGCUUUAAUUUCAGUUGGAACGGUUAAAGCAAGUUCAUUGCUUCUCUUCAGCUAACAAAACUGUUCAAGUGGAGCUGUAGAUAGUGUGACAUUAUUGUCAGAGAAAGAUCAUUAACUUGAUUAAUACCUCAUGCUGUGUGCAACUUUUAAUGCAAUUAUUAUUUGGUGAGAGCAUAAUAGUUAUAGCGCAAGCUGUUUUAAGUGGAUGGGUUUAACAUUAAGGAUCUUUUCAGCAGUCUAGCUGCUGCCUAUAGAGGAACUGGGUGUUUCAUGCCUAUUUCCUGAGCCAGCUAUUAUAUAUCUUAGUUUUGAAAAUGAAGGAGCUUCAGAAACACUAAAUGACUGGUUAGUUUUUCAAGGACCAGUUGACCAAAGGGCACCACUGCCUCAGUUCUUUGCAGGUGGAAAACUCCGGACCUACAAAGAUCCUGAGUAUGGUCAAGAUGCAUUGUGUUGGCAAGAAAGUUGGUGCUGUAAGUAACCAUGGCUUUGGCAUAUGUUUAGUUGCUGUGUUCAUGGUGUAUGAGUUGAGUAUACUACAUAACGAGUUGCAUGCCAUUUGCGCUAGGAGGGAAAAUUUUGGAUGCUUAGUUAAGUGUUAAAUCGUAUUGUUUUUGUAGGCACAGUUAUGUUCACUAAUUGCCUUAUGAUUGACGGUUAUUUUACUUUCUUUUGGUAGGGAAAUGGGAUUGAUUUUGUUUGGCUUGAUGCCAAUAAUCUGCCUCUAGGAGCUUUUGUCUGUAAUUUCAAACAUAUUCACAAAAAAUGCUUUUAUCUUUAUACACUACGUUUGUUUUUGUAUUAAGUAGUCAAUAAUAAACUGUACAGGACAGAA